AUGUCGGUUAGAUCAGCCAUGACUGAAACAUCAAUGGAUACUAUACCAACUAUGUUCAAAGAUCUUCGUGCUACAUUUAAUUCUGGUAAGACAAGACCAGUAGCAUGGCGAAAAAAACAAAUUGAACAAAUAAUCAAAAUGUGUGAAGAACAAAAAGAAGUUUUUGCUUCAGCAGCAAAUACUGAUUUCCAUCGACCCAGUGCGGAAACACAUCUAUAUGAUUGUGGUGUUAUUAAAAAUGAAUGUACACAUUUACUUAAUCACAUAGACGAAUGGGCACGUGAUGAAUCUUGUUCAGAUUCAUUAGCAUUUGCUACAAUGGAUAAAUAUGUUCAUCCUGAACCAUUUGGUAUUUGUUUAAUUAUUGGUGCAUGGAAUUAUCCAUUUCAAUUAACAUUAUCACCAUUAAUCGGUGCAAUUGCUGCUGGUAAUUGUGCUAUAAUAAAACCAUCGGAAUUGGCACCAAAUUCAGCAGCUAUCAUAGCUGCAAUGGUUGAACGUUAUCUUGAUCCAGCUUGUAUACGUGUUGUAUUAGGUGCUAUUGAUCAAACUCAUGCAUUACUUAAAGGUGAUAUUGAUCAUGUAUUUUACACGGGUUCAACAGCAGUUGGUAAAAUUAUAAUGAAAACAGUUGCUGAAAAAAUGAUACCAGUUGUUCUUGAAUGUGGUGGUAAAAGUCCAGUUUAUGUUGCUGAUGAUGCUAAUAUAGCAGUUGCUGCUACACGUAUUGCUUGGGGAAAAACUAUUAACUGCGGACAAACAUGUUUAGCACCUGAUUACAUUUUAUGUUCAAAAGAAACAGAAAGUCGUCUCAUACCAGAAAUAAUCAAAGCUUGGCAAUUAUUCUACACUAAUGAUGCAGCUAAUUCGGAUUCUUAUUGUCAUAUUGUUAAUGAGCGACAUUAUGAGCGUGUACAAAAAUUAAUUGAUACAGCAAAAGUUACUUAUGGUGGACAAACAGAUGCUACACGAAAUUAUAUUUCACCAACAAUUAUGACAAAUGUAAAUGGAAAUGAUAAAGUAAUGCAAGAGGAAAUUUUUGGGCCCAUUCUUCCAUUUGUAACAGUUAAAAGUCAACAGGAAGCAAUUGACUUUAUUAAUGCUCGACCUAAACCAUUAGGUCUUUAUGUAUUUACAUCGAAUAAAAAUAUAGCUAAAACUAUUAUAAAUUCAACCAGUUCCGGUACAACAUGUGUUAAUGAUGUUAUUUUUCAAAUAGCUCCACCUUCAUUACCAUUUGGUGGUGUCGGUGAAAGUGGCUUAGGAAAUUAUCAUGGCAAAUACUCAUUUAAUACAUUUAGUCAUAAUCGUUCGGUUGUGUAUUCACCAACAUGGUCAGAACCAAUUCUUUCAAAGCGAAAUCCACCUUAUACUCAAAAGAAAACAGCUUUCAUGGAAUCACUUGCAAAAGUUCAUCGCAAUUGGCUUCCAGUAUCACGAAUUGGUGGUUUCUGGUUUUGGGCAUUUGCUGCUUUAGCUACAGCUGUAACAGCUCGUGUUGUUAUUCGUGGUAUUCAAGAUGACAAAUGGGAAUUUUAA